AUGAGGGAGUGCUUUCGGGGCGGCCGAAAGACCCUAGCAAUCGUGGCCUGCAAAGAGGGAAAGCAGUUGCAGCAGGCACUACAACUGCUGGCGCAGAUGGAUGAAGGCCUCACCAACAUGAUGAGUUACGGUGCUGCCAUCAGCAGCUGCUCCGGCCAGAAUUGGCAGCAGGCCGUUCAACUCUUGGCGGUUAUGAAGGCCAAGGUGCUUCGACCCAACUAUGUGGUUUUCUCCGGUGCGAUUGGCGCAUGUGCUAGCCAAUCAGCUUGGCCCUCGGCGCUGUCUCUGCUGGAGCACCUUCGGAGCCUGGAGCUACGCGGGGUUGGAGCCCUUGGAGCAGCCAUCAAUGCCUGUGAGAGGGCGAGCCAAUGGCAAGCAGCGCUAAGCCUCCUCUUCGCAGAGGGCCCAACACGAACAGGCGUUGACCUGCAGGCGGUGAACAGCGCCAUCACGGCCUGUGAGAAGGGGCAGCAGUGGCCCACAGCAUUGCUGCUUUUUGAGGAGGUCAAAGCAGAUAUCGUGACAUUCGCCGCGGUGGUCAGUUGCUUGGGAGCCGCUGCGAAGUGGGUGGAAGUCACUCAGAUGCUGAGAAGGCUCCGUGGCAGCGGUGUGCAAAGCAAUGGAGUGCUGGUGGGGGGCUGCCCUGAGUGCCUUUGGCCGAGGAGGCCAGUGGGAAGACUCCCAAGCCUUGCUGGCCAGGUCGAGAGAGUGCGCUCUGCAGAUGGAUGUCGCCUGCUUCAACGCAUGCAUCGGGUCUGA